UAACUACACACACACACAUAUAUAUAUACACAAUCCGCUUUCGCACCGGUUUCUCUCUCUAAAGCGCCUCUCUAUGCUCGACUUUCUCUCUCUCUAGCUCUCUCUCUCUCUCUCGUGAAUGGCCGUUAUCUCUCCCACUUGGAAAUUAGGGCUCGGAAUUGGUGUGAUCUCCCGGGGAAACUACGGCGCGAACAAGAUGUGAUUUCCCUAGAGCUUAGCGGUUAAUUUUGUGCGAAAUUCGUUUUUUACCCCCACGGUUAAUGUUUUGUGGUUUGCCUAGGGUUUUCUGAGCUGUAAGUGUUGUUGCGCAUGAAGGGCCCGUUAGAUCGAACGAAGAUUGUGCUGCGGCACUUGCCGCCGGCGCUUCCCCGGUCUACGCUGUCUGAGCAAAUUGAUUCUCGAUUUUCUGGUCGCUACAACUGGCUAUACUUUCGGCCUGGGAAAACCAGCCAAAAACAUCAAACUUAUUCAAGAGCAUAUAUUAACUUUAAGACACCUGAAGAUGUUGUUGAGUUUGCAGAGUUCUUUAAUGGACAUGUCUUUGUUAACGAGAAAGGGUCUCAGUUCAAAACAAUUGUCGAGUAUGCCCCUUUACAGCGUGCUCCAAGGCAGUGGUCUAAGAAAGAUGGCCGUGAAGGGUCUAUCUUGAAAGAUCCUGAAUUUCUGGAGUUCUUAGAAUUUGUUGGAAAGCCUGUUGAGUAUCUUCCUAGUGCAGAAAUUCAGUUGGAAAGAAAGGAAGCUGAACGUUCAGGUGCUGCUAAGGAUGCUCCUAUAGUUACUCCCUUAAUGCAUUUUGUGCGUCAGAAACGAGCUGCAAAAAGUGGGGCUCGGAGGGUAUCUAAUGGAAAAUCAACCAGAAGGGUUGGAGGAGCAUCAACAGGAAGUCCGAGCUCUAGUGCAUCUAAGCGGGGCUCAGAAAAGAGGAGAAAUUCUACAAAAAUGUAUGUUCAACGGGACAGUUCCAAGGUUGAAGGUAGCAAGGACAGAGCAUACAUUCUAGUUCGAAAACAUGAUGACAAACAACUUGUUGACAAAUCUGGUACUUCAGCUUCUGCAGUGUCAGAGGAAAGUGGAGUUUCUGUUUCAGCUGAUAGUGGGAAGAAGAAAAUCCUGCUCUUGAAGGGAAAAGAAAAAGAAAUUCCUGAUGUUUCUCUUGGUGCAUCACUGCAGCAGAAUGUUGCCUCUCAUUUCAAGAAUUCACUUACUUCAUCUGCUCCUAAGACAAAUCAGAGGCGUGAGGCCAGUGGAAGGAUCAUCAGAAGUAUACUUCUCAAGGAUGCUCGCCAGAAUCAGUCAUCAUCUACUGCUCAAUCAGAACAGCAAGUCCCAGAGAGGGAGAAAAGACCUCCUAGGCCACCAAGUGUUCAAUUAUCUCAGAGGGAUUGUAAUGGAUUACCUGAGGAUAAGUUUGCUGGGAAUGAUUCACUCAAUGUCCAUGUGGAUAAGAUGGAAAAACGUACAAGGAGUAGGGAUAGGCCAGAUCGUGGUGUCUGGACUCCACUUCGACGUCCUGAUAAUUCACAUGCAAGUGAUGAAUAUUUGUCAUCAUCUACCUCUCAAUCUACCCAAGCUCAAGAUUCUGCUGAAGGAAGUCUUGUGGAAGUGAAAAAUGAUGGACUAAGCGCACGUGGUGGAGAGUUCAAACCCACUGGAAGUGGACGAAGUUCUCAUUCUUCUGUUGAUAAUGGUACUUACAGAUAUAGUGGUCGUCGUGGAACAGCACAUAAUACAAAAGAUGCUGAUGGCCCCUCAUUUGGGGAAGGACGACCCUCAAGAAGAGGAGGUCCUGGAUAUGGUACCCAUGAGAAACAAGUAUGGGUCCAAAAGUCAAGUUCUGGUUCUUAAUUUUGUUGUUUGUGUGAAACGCCUGAUUGCGUACCAUAUCGAAGUAUAAAUCUGCUGGUGGCUAUGCUCUCUGUCUUUCUCUCUUCCUCUGCUUAGAUCAGGAGCGGGCAAGUUUGCUGAAGACAAGAAAUUGAAGACCUUCAGUGGGAUUUUGAAUAUACAUGUUGCUACGGAUGUGUUUAUUGUUGAACGAGGGGUGAACCUUUGAUCAUACUACACUAAAGAUGGUCUGGGGGUAAGAACGAACACCAUUUGGAUGACGACAAAUAACACCACAAUUUUCAACCUGGUGCUACUCUGAUUGAUGGGGUGGCUUUCAUCGGUGGAACCAUGGACACACACAAGUUCCUACCAUUGACUCAGCUGGUUAUUAUCAAGCAUACUAUAGCGGUGGAUGGUUUCUUUUUGUUGACUUAAUGUAUAUACAAAAAACACGGAAUUGCGUGAGAUACCCCCAACCGCUUAGUUUUACAUACGUAUACACUAUAUAUGUUAUUAGCCUUGUGUUAAUGCUAGGCUUGGGUUGACCGAUUGGGGAUUGAUUGUGAACAAAAAAACAGAAAGCUUGGAGUUGCUAGAUAGACACUUUGGAAGUGCAACAUUUUAGUUGUGGUCAGAUGCUGAUUAGUGAUUACCCUUUUGAUGAGUAGUGGAAUGAAAAAAGCUCGUUUGAAAGUGAUUCGCAUA